AUGAAAUCCCACUCCCGAAAAACCCCUUUCGUAAUCGGAAAGUCCGUAGAGGCAUGUGCUGGUCAAAUUGAGAAUGCCAAAACUGAAGCGCAAGGGACCAAGUACACUCUAAGUGUCCGUGACCCGAUUCAAGUUGCUAAGCUGCUAAAGCUAACAAAACUAAUCGACGGAACUGAAAUAGAAGUUGCCCCACACCCGAACUUGAACGUUAGCCGGUGCGUCAUCUCCUGCUAUGACGUGAUCCACAUGGAAGAGAAAGAUAUUCUGGCGGAACUGACCAAGGAAAAUGUCAUCCGUGUCCAGCGGAUCACCAAGAACGAGAACGGCCAAAGAAUGAAUACGCCAGCUCUGAUCCUUACGUUCAAUAAGACAACCUACCCGGAGUAUAUCAAAGUAGGCCUUCUGCGUGUUGCCACUCGUCCAUACUUCCCGAAUCCGAUGCUCUGCUAUGGAUGCUUCAGCUACGGCCACACUCGCGUCCGAUGCCCUGGACCGCAACGCUGCUUUAACUGUUCUGGCAAUUUCCACGGGGAGGAAGAGUGCAACGAAGCAUCAUUCUGUCGGAAUUGUAAAGGAAACCAUCGACCGUCCAAUCGCCAGUGCCCGGUUUACUAA